AUGGCCGCCCGCCCGGUGUGCUGGGCAAAGACGAGCUUCUGUCAAGGACACAGCAGCAAUGUUCCUCAGCUCAGCUUUUUAAAGGUAUUACGACCCAACGCCUCAGAGUCGUCCACACACAUAGACACAACCACCUAUCAACAAUCACCAAUCACAAAUCACCUGUCAACUGGCACUUAUGACCUGCCACCUGUCACCUACCAACUAUCAACAAUCACCUGCUGCCUGCCACCUGCCAACUAUCAACAAUUACCUGCCAUCUACCACCUAUCACCAAUCACCUGCCGCCUGCCACCUACCACUUGCCACCUAUCACCUACCACCUAUCACCUGCCACCUAUCACCUACCACCUGCCACCUAUCACCAAUCACCUGCCGCCUACCACCUGCCCCCUACCACCUAUCACCAAUCACCUGCUGCCUGCCACCUGCCACAUAUCACCUACCACCUAUCACCUAUCACCAAUCACCUGCUGCCUAUCACCAAUCACUUGCCACCUAUCACCUGCCACCUAUCACCAAUCCCUGCUGUCUAUCACCUACCACCUAUCACCAAUCACCUGCCACCUAUCACCUACCACCUAUCACCUACCACCUGCCACCUAUCACCUGCCACCUAUCACCUACCACCUAUCACCAAUCACCUGCUGCCUAUCACCUACCACCUAUCACCAAUCACAUGCCACCUAUCACCAAUCACCUGCUGCCUAUCACCUACCACCUAUCACUAAUCACCUGCCACCUAUCACCAAUCACCUGCUGCCUAUCACCUACCACCUAUCACCAAUCACCUGCCACCUAUCACCUACCACCUGCUACCUACCACCUAUCACCAAUCACCUGCCACCUAUCACCAAUCACCUGCCACCUACCACCUACCACCUACCACCUAUCACCAAUCACCUGCCACCUAUCACCAAUCACCUGCCACCUACCACCUACCACCUACCACCUAUCACCAAUCACCUGCCGCCUACCACCUGCCACCUAUCACCUGCCACCUAUCACCAAUCACCUGCCACCUAUCACCUAUCACCAAUCACCUGCCACCUAUCACCAAUCACCUGCCACCUAUCACCAAUCACCUGCUGCCUAUCACCUACCACCUAUCACCAAUCCCCUGCCACCUAUCACCUACCACCUGCUACCUACCACCUGCCACCUGUCACCUGCCACCUAUCACCUGCCACCUAUCACCAAUCACCUGCCACCUAUCACCUAUCACCAAUCACCUGCCGCCUACCACCUGCCACCUGCCACCUAUCACCUGCCACCUAUCACCAAUCACCUGCCGCCUACCACCUGCCACCUAUCACCUGCCACCUAUCACCUGCCACCAAUCACCUGCCACCUAUCACCUAUCACCAAUCACCUGCCACCUAUUACAACACUGUCUAG